CCGCCGCUCGCUGGUGCGGCCGGAAGCGGAAGGUUGUGGCGGGGAGGGGGCGGCCCCGGUAGCGGCGGCGGCGGUGCCGACAUGAAGCGGGACGUGCGGAUCCUGCUGCUGGGGGACGCCCAGGUGGGGAAGACGUCCCUGAUCAUGGCCCUGGUGGGAGAGGAGUUCCCGGAAGAGGUGCCACCUCGUGCAGAGGAGAUCACGAUCCCGGCUGAUGUCACCCCAGAGAAGGUCCCCACACACAUAGUGGAUUACUCAGAGUCCGAACAGACGGAGGAUGAGCUGCAGGAGGAGAUCUCUAAGGCCAACGUGGUCUGCGUGGUGUAUGAUGUCACCAAGGAGGCCACGAUUGAGAAGAUUCGCACAAAGUGGAUCCCCAUGGUGAACGGGGGAGCUGAAAAGGGCGCCAGGAUCCCCAUUAUUUUAGUGGGAAACAAGUCUGACUUGCAGAUGGGAAGCUCCAUGGACGUCAUCCUGCCCAUCAUGAACCAGUUUUCAGAGAUUGAGACCUGCGUGGAGUGCUCUGCCAAGAACCUUAAGAACAUUUCUGAGCUCUUCUACUAUGCCCAGAAAGCUGUGCUGCACCCCACUGCCCCCCUCUAUGACCCAGAGGAGAAGCAGCUGAAACCUGCAUGUGCACGAGCACUGACACGGAUUUUCAACCUCUCGGACCAGGAUAACAACCAGAUCCUUAGUGAUGAUGAACUCAACUACUUCCAGAAAUCCUGUUUUGGAAACCCAUUGGCUCCCCAGGCCCUGGAGGAUGUGAAGGUGGUUGUGUGUAAGAACACCACAGACGGGGUGCAGGACAACGGCCUGACCUUGAACGGCUUCCUCUUCCUCAACACGCUCUUCAUUCAGAGGGGCCGGCACGAGACCACAUGGACCAUCCUCCGCCGCUUUGGGUACGACGAUGAGCUGGAGCUGACAGAUGACUACCUGUACCCACAGUUCCGGCUGCCCCCUGGCUGCUCCACGGAGCUCAACCACUUGGGCUACCAGUUCCUCCAGCGGCUGUUUGAGAAGCAUGACAAGGACCAGGAUGGAGCCCUCUCACCCACAGAGCUGCAGAACUUCUUCAGCGUCUUCCCCUGCAUGCCCUGGGGUCCUGAGCUCUACAAUACGGUAUGCACCACUGAUAAAGGCCUGCUUUCCCUGCAUGGAUUCCUCUGCCAGUGGACGCUCAUGGCUUACCUGGACGUGCGGCACUGCCUGGCGUGCCUGGGCUACCUGGGCUACCCUAUCCUCUCGGAGCAGGACUCCCAGACACAGGCCCUCACGGUGACCCGGGAGAAGAGGAUUGACCUGGAGAAAGGCCAGACCCAGAGAAACGUCUUCCUCUGCAAGGUGCUGGGAGCCAGGGGAGCAGGCAAGUCUGCCUUCCUGCAGGCCUUCCUCGGCAGGAGCCUGGUGGCUCAGAAGGAGAAACCAGGAGAGCCAUCCCUCUAUGCCAUCAACACAGUGCAGGUCAACGGCCAGGAGAAGUAUCUUAUACUAUAUGAGGUGAGCACCGACACGACGUUCCUGAAGCCAUCAGACACAGCCUGUGAUGUCGCCUGCUUCGUCUACGACCUGAGCGAGCCCAGGUCCUUCAGCUACUGUGCCAGUAUUUAUAAGCAACACUACAUGGACAGCCAGAUCCCCUGUGUCUUUGUGGCCUCCAAGACAGACCUGCCAGAAGCGAGUCACCAGCCCGGCCUCUCCCCUGCUGAGUUCUGCUACAAGCACUGCCUCCCACCACCCUUCCUCUUCACCUGCCACAGCCAGGGGCCACCCAGCAGCGCUGUGUACACCAAGCUGGCAACCGCCGCCACCUUCCCUCACUUGAACGCCGUGGAGCUGGGAGCCGCGUCCUUCUGGCUGCGGGUGGCGCUGGGGGCUGCAGUGACAGCACUGGUGGGGUUCACACUCUACCGGGUUCUGGGCAAGAACAAAUGAGGCCCCUGCAGCCCGUCCUAAUGUGACACCAGCCUCCCCCUCCCCAGCACUGCCCCGAGGGGCCCUGCCUCAAGCUGGUUCCUGGUAGGAAAUGCUCCUUUUCGCCCAGCCUGGAUUGCAGGACCAGUAAAACCAGAGCUCCCGGCACCAGCAGAAUCGAUCCCCCAGCACCGGCCACCCUGACCCUGCCAUCCUCAUGGCCUCUGCCCAGCUGUUGUGCCGGGGCCAGGCAGCUCUGCCGGGGCUCUGCCUUGCUGACACAGGAGGGAUCAGCCUCAUCUUUUAUUCUGUUAAUAUUUUUUAAUGUUUUUAAGCUCAAA